UGCAUAUAUGAGAAGAGCUAGAAUCGAGACAUGAUGCUUUGACCCAGAGCCACUUGUUUCAGAGUUCGGUGUGCCAUCUGAUCCGAUAUCACAUUUCACAUCUUGGUAGACCUAAAGUACAUUAUAAUUACAUUAUAGCCAUAUCUUUUCAGACUGCCAGCCAACGAAUCACAAUGUCAGCUACUCCCAUGGUAGAAGAUGCAGACUUCAUGGUUCGCCCCGCUGUGUCGGUGCAGGAAGCACGAGAGGUGUGGUGGCCUUUGAUGAAAGAAUUAGGAUGGAAUCGAGACUACGACGACGCCGCCACCCACUACCACGUCUCCCGAAACGGCUCGGGCUGGCUCAUCCUCAUCCCCAGGGAAACAGGAAAGCCCGAGGGCUGUGUUGUGGCAUUCACAUAUCCUAAUGGCACUGGGUGGGUUGGAUUUUUCAUCGUCAAUGCGGCAUAUCGAGGAAACGGAUGGGGACGGGCUCUGUGGAAGGCGCUAGAAGAGUCUUACAACACGACCAGCACUGCUAUCGUUGGGUUGGAUGGUGUUGAAGCGCAGGUCAACACGUAUAGACGGCGGGGUUUUGAAGACAUGGCUAGAAUUAAGCUCAUGGUGCGACCGUCGCUGGUUGAGAAACCUCUUGCUACCGCGCGUCCCAAACCUGGCGGAGAAGAGCAGAUUGUGGAUAUACGAGAUGUGGAUACAAAGGCACUCGCUAAACUAGAUCUAGCGCAUACAGGCCUCGAAAGGACCGCGUUGUGGACACAAGACGCACUCUUCUUCCGAAAAGAUGCAUUUGGCCAUGCCCUCCUGUCGAAUUCCCAUGGCACAACCAAGCUAUCCGGCUUUGUGCUUGUUCGACGCUGUGAACAUGGGCAUCGUUUUGGUCCACUCUACGCCGGGACCUACGAUCAAGCCUUGCUAUUACUACAGACGUCCAUGGAGGCGAUCCAAGAGUCAAAGGGAAGCAUGAUAGCGGAGAUCUUUGGUAGCCAUCCUGAGGGCAUGAAGGUAUUCGAAGAGCAGGGUUCCCAACCGUACGUACUACGAGUCGUAGUAUACGACCCGUAA